AUGAUCUAUAUCUAAAAUCCAUGUUCAAUUUACAAAAUAGCUAGCCUUCUAACUCAUCACUCCCCUCGUUUUUCCCCAUCCUUGACUCCGCUUCCUGAAAUGGUGGACAAGGAAAAACUAUGAGAUAACUCAAUUUUCGGACAGCAUAGGGCAGAAAUUUUAACAGACAAAUUUUCAGCAACUAAUGGGUAAAAUUUGGACUGAGAGAAGCUGCCACAUACCACAAUUUUUCCAGCAAGCAAAAUUGGAGCUAGCGGGUUGGGGAAAGGCUGGCGGCAAUUUGGGGAGAAUUCAAGAAAUCUACCAAAAAUUGGGAGAACCAAGAGGAAUUGGAGUAAACCCAAACCAAUUCAAGGAAGAAAAGAGGAAAUCUUGGCUGUUGUUUACUGGAAAAAGCCCAAAAAUCGCAUCACAAGCUACAGCUCACGGACAGGGGAGGGGGAGAAACCGAGCAGAUUUGGAAUUUCUCUGUAGGGGGGAGGUUUCUAAGCUCCAAAUCUCGUUCUUGAACAAGAAAAGCAAGAAAAAAUCAAGUUUCCUUACUGGUUUUUCAAAGGGAGGUGCGUCGGUGGUUGGGCUUCCUUGCUCAGUGCAGGGGGAAGAAAAGAAGAGCAGAAACGCGAAAUGGCUGGGGAAGAAAGAAGGAAAAAUAGCUGAUCCUUAUCCAAAUCUUUUUCUCUUUUAAGUCCCUGAACUUGGAAAUUUUAGUUAUU